AUGCCAUCUCAUCCUGAAAGUUCUUACAAACCUCUAAAGAAUCCCAAAGAAAUCCGCCUCCGGCAGAUCGAACCUUCGUUAGGCCCAACUCACAGUAGCCUCCCAAAUGCGAAGCUCAUCCACAGCACGCUCGGCGAAGGAGAGAUCUUUUCUGCGCUAUCCUACGUCUGGGGCACAGAAUUUGACUCGACACCACUCAUCUGCAAUGGCGGCAAGAUCCGCAUCACGAAGAACCUCGGCCAGGCGCUGAGGCAGUUACAACAUGAUGAGCAGUCACGUCGCAUCUGGAUAGACGCGCUAUGCAUCAACCAGGAAAACAUUCCCGAACGCAACCACCAGCUCACGUUAAUGAGCGAUAUCUACGGCACCGCCAAACAAGUCCUCGUCUGGCUCGGGCCGGAUAAUGAAAAUCAGGCUGGAAGGCUCUGUGCCUGGAUAGAGUCAGUCGGUCUCUUCGGUGUGGUAAGACGGCGUCUGUGGCUGUGCGAAAGCGAAGAGCGGAUGGGAAGGUACAAUUCUUUGUCGACAUUUCGGUCAAAGCGGGCCGUGAUGCUCAGAUCAAUACCCUUGACGAUGUUGAGCGUCACAUUAGCCAAACCUGAAUCAGUGCAAAUGGUCGAUGUGCAGGAACCCAAGUGA